UUUUCAUUCGUGGAGGACACUAUGCUGAGAAGCGAUUCUCCCUUUUUGGGGGUGCGACCUCACUCGAAAACACCACCCCCCGCCCCCGCGCCCUCGGAAGCGGAGCCCCGUGGACGCUCGCUCACCCCGGAGCUUGCUUUCCCGGGCACCGACCUGGUCCCUCCUGGCAACCAUGUCCGCGACCGGUCCCCGAGGGGAAGCGUCGAGUCCCCUCCGGAGAUGCCCGGAUCUCCAGCCUCCAUCCCUCCUCACCUUCGACUCCUGACCUCUUUGUUUCGCGUUGAAACCUGUCCCCCUUCGCCCCAGGGUGGUCGUCCCUUUCUUUACCCAGAGAUCCCGGCCCCUGUUUUCCCACAUAAAGGGAGAGGGCGAGGGGGAGAGGGGGCGAGAGAAGCAGAGAGAGACAGAGAAACACGCACCAUGGAUUUCUUCUGUCCUUCCUCAGGAAUUCGUUCCGCGGAGUCUCCUCUCCCCCAGCUUCUCCUCCCAAAGAAAGGACUUCCCUUUUCUUCCUUUAUUUUUCCUGUCCAUAGUUUGCAGCUGCUCCAAACCCUGUGUCCCACCUCUUGCAAGAGGUGAUGUUGGGACUCCCGUGCCUGAACUAAAGCAAUUCCACUGAUUUCACCAGAGGUCGGCCGGGAAUGCGAACAUCUGUUUGGGUUGGAAAUCGUUAAGAAUGCCUUGGGAUAGACGUGCCACUUGUUAAGAAAGCUAAGAACGCGUUCUUUACGAGGAUCUGGAAAACGGAUGGCUAUGUCAGCACUGUGGAGGGAAGGAUUCGUAAAGGCUGCCUAGGUUGUUAGAGCUGAAACUGGAUGGCUUCUACAGGGAGCCAGGCCUCUGAUAUAGACGAGAUUUUUGGAUUCUUCAGUGAUGGCGAACCCCCCACCAAAAAGCCCAGGAAGCUGCUUCCGAGCUUGAAAACUAAGAAGCCCCGGGAACUUGUGCUGGUGAUUGGAACAGGCAUCAGUGCUGCAGUCGCGCCUCAGGUUCCAGCCCUGAAAUCUUGGAAGGGGUUAAUUCAGGCUUUGUUGGAUGCUGCCAUUGAUUUUGAUCUUUUAGAAGAUGAGGAAAGCAAAAAGUUUCAGAAAUGUCUCCAUGAAGAUAAGAAUCUUGUCCAUGUUGCCCAUGACCUUAUUCAGAAACUCUCUCCUCGUACCAGUAAUGUUCGAUCUACAUUUUUCAAAGACUGUUUAUAUGAAGUAUUUGAUGACCUAGAGUCAAAGAUGGAAGAUUCUGGAAAACAGCUACUGCAGUCAGUUCUCCACUUGAUGGAAAAUGGGGCCCUAGUACUAACUACAAAUUUUGAUAAUCUCCUGGAACUGUAUGCAGCAGACCAGGGAAAACAGCUUGAGUCCCUUGACCUUACUGAUGAGAAAAAGGUCUUGGAGUGGGCUCAGGAGAAGCGGAAGCUGAGUGUGUUACACAUCCAUGGCGUCUAUACCAACCCUAGUGGCAUUGUCCUCCAUCCCGCUGGAUAUCAGAAUGUGCUCAGGAACACUGAAGUUAUGAGAGAGAUUCAGAAACUUUAUGAAAACAAAUCCUUUCUUUUCCUGGGUUGUGGCUGGACUGUGGAUGACACCACUUUCCAGGCCCUCUUCCUGGAGGCUGUCAAGCAUAAAUCUGACUUAGAACAUUUCAUGCUGGUUCGGAGAGGAGAUGUUGAUGAGUUCAAGAAGCUUCGAGAAAACAUGCUGGACAAGGGGAUUAAGGUCAUCUCCUAUGGAAAUGACUAUGCUGACCUUCCAGAAUAUUUCAAGCGGCUGACAAGCGAGAUCUCCACAAGGGGUAGAUCAGCAGGGAUGGUGAGAGAAGGCCAGCUAAACGGCUCGUCUGCAGCACACAGUGAAAUCAGAGGCUGUAGUACAUGAGCUGCUAGGCAUCACCAUUAAACCGUGCUGUAAGGCCCUCCUGUGGACAGUGUUUAACCUGCAAACGUCCAAGACCCAGAGGCUGAAGUUUGGGGGUAGGAUGUGGAGGGGUGUUUCAUCUUCUCCAUCAUGCCAGCUGGUUCUUGAUAUCUGCUACCUGGUUCAAUUCAAGAACACCUACGUGGCAUCAGGACCCAGCGCAGUUCCCACCCACCCCCAGGCUGGACAUGCGUGCAAACCACAGAUCAAUGGGAUGCCUCCAGACUACACUGCGGAUCUGCAGGAAGGACUUGGGGAGCUGGAAGUCAUGGCGUCAAGCAGUCUCUUGUUGCAGUUUUGUACUCUACUUGGUUUUUCAUUAAGCUUAAUGGCUUUUUUAAAACAUGACUUGAAGCUCUAGUUUUCUAGACCUUUUACAGUGUACAGUAUUUUACAUAACUGAGCUGUAUUAAAAGCUUGUUCAUUUA